ACACAUUUCCUUUGCAUUUUACAUAGUUACUUCUCCGAUUCCUUUGGAAAUUUGAUGAGAUUCCUAAAACAUGAAUGAAACCUGGUACACAGGCCAAAUGGUUAACUUGUGGAUUGAGAAACUUUGCCGGACAUCCAAAGUUAGAUAAUGGCUCAAGUAACAAUGGAUCCUUCUAAAAAAGUUGAUGACAAUGUUGCUUCCUCUACUUACAAAUCUCAAAAUUCAGCAUCUUCAUUCAAAAGGUUGGGCAGGAAAUCACCAUUCACUAGAUAUGGACUUCCUAUGAUCUCACUAAUGGUGCUUGGGUCUUUUGGCCUUGGCCACCUUCUGCAAGGCAGCAAGGAUAUUGCUAAAGUGAAGGAUGAUCGUGAGUGGGAGAUCAUUGAGACAAGAAAAGCACUUUCGAAAGAAGGGCCUGUCAAUGCAUAUAACCCCAAAAAGAUAAAUUUGGAGGAUGAGUUGAAGGCUCUGCAAGAAAAGGUUGAUAUAAAUACUUACGAAUACAAGAGGAUUCCUAAGCCCAAUGAGAGCAAAUGAAACAGCAUUUUUCAGAGGCCAUGGCCAAAAGGUGCAGCCCAAGGAAAUUCAUCCUUCAAAGCUACAAAGCCAUCAGCUCUCCUGUUCAUUAACAAUACCCUUUUACCAAACACUGAAGGCGUAGUAGGCUUUAUCUACUUGUAGUUGAUACUAGGCUGAGUUUUGAUUAAUGGCUCAAAAUUUCGUCUACUAGAUUCUUUCAAGCAAGUCUCGAGUACACUUAAGAUUAGCUAUGAAUACACUUUUUGAGCUGUUGAAACAUGACUUAAGCACUUAAUGUUAAUAAAAGUACCUUUGCUAUUAGGGGCUAUAUCUUCUAAAGUCAGAACACAUGUUUCAUGUUUGAAUGAAAGGCGUUUUAUUGAGUUUCAAAGAGCAGCCUUCUAGAUCAUUGAAAGGCCAGUGGGUACAGGGUGCAUUGUUUUUCUUCUUUUUUCAUUGUCUCUUUCUAUUAUUACCAUCCAUUAUUUUGAAUUGUCCAGUUAUGGGGAUAAUGGUGUGUUUUUUCAGGCGACAAAGUGCUUGAGCCUUUUAAAAGGCAAGUGGUAGAGAAAAAAUUAAAAAGCAGGAGCAAACCCAAAACUUUUGUUAGUGAAAGUGGAAAAGGGGCUUUUACAUCCCCAAAUGCAAAGUCAAUGUAGCUGUUUUACUUUAUUCCUGCAUAAAGAUAGCUUUUUCUCUCAUCCUUUUGUUUUCAUGGUCUUCUAUGCUUUUCUCUACUCAUUAUAUUUUCAAAUGCAGAGACUGUUGUUGGAUAUGGAAAAGCAGGAACCAGUUUACCCCACCCAAAGUCAACAUAAAACAAAAAGAGGAAAUCUUCAUCUUCUGGCCAUGUUACCUGGGUCUUGGUUGCGACCCAAGGGGCCAAACUGGGCGAAUGGGCCUCUGAGAGGAAGGGCUGCCCAGUAAUGUAGCCUGAGAGCGAGUAACCAUCUCGAGCAUUGAAGGAGUUUGAUAUGCCUGAACCAAGCUCGAUCCAUCUAUAGAAUCACCCCGUGCUGUUGCUCUCUGCCAAGAAUGUGAGCUCAGGCCUGACAAAAUGUAGGCUCUUCCUGAUGCUUCAUAUACGUGUCGGUUUGCCAUCCUCUCCUGCAUUUCUCUGAGCUCUGUGUAGAGCGCAAGACACAGUUGGUCAUGACAUUUGAUUGACACUGAUUGGGAUAACACCUUCCGGGAAUUUUCAAGGAUAGAAGUCGCACCAACCAGGUCUCCUUUCUCAGCUGCAGUCCGUGCCUGUGCCAUUGCCUCGGCUGCUUGAAGCCUGUUUUGCUGCCUGUCAACUUCUAUCGACACACUCGUUUGUCCUGCUUCUUCUGGUCUACUGAUCCUAAGUUCUUCACUUUCAAGGUUUACCAUUUCUUUUGUUAAGGGAUCCUUGUAGACACACCUCACCUUCAACAAUGAAGUUUCAUUCCUCAAAUAAUCAGCAGGCACUUUAAUUGAAACAAGAAAGUCCCUUUCCUCAUCAGCAUAUAGAUCGCCAACAUCAAUGGAUCCUUUUCGUCCAUCAGACAUGAUAUGGCUACGGUAACUGCCUGCUCUUAACGAGCUUAGAUAGACUCCGGGAUGGACACAGUCAAUACUUAAUUGGAGCUCCUUUACAACGACACUCAGAAGGCCUCCAAUGCAUUGAGCAAAUGCAUCCUGGAUCACGCCUUCUGUCUCAAUGAAGGAAAAUGUUCCUCCAGAAAUCUCUGAAAUUGAGUGCAUCGAUGAAGCAUCAUGAUCUGCACCAAACCCGAAUGUGUGCACUGGAAUUUUAAAGUUUGAACCUUCUCCGCCAUGCAUUGACGAAGGAAGAAGCAACUGGUAGUUAGGUUGCUGCUGAUUGCCACCAGAACUACUGACUGUAUAUGUGUCUUGACCAUCAGAUAGCAAUAUUAUACUUGCAACUGGGUUCUUUUCCCUUCGGUCUUCCAUUAUCUUGGCACCCUUUCUCAAGCCUUCCGCAAUAUUUGUUCCACCAUUUGCAACCAAGGAGUUGACAGCUUGGAGUGCCUCAUGCCGUCCUGUUUCAGACAUCCUUCGAAGGGGGAAAAGACGGCGUGCUGUUGAAGAAAAGGCAAUGACUGCAAGCCUGUCACUGGGACCAAGGUUCUGUAUCACAAAACUCAUAGCUCGCUUUAGAAGAGCGAGCUUUGUACCUGCCAUGCUGCCACUUAUAUCAAGAACCGUGACAAGGUCAAUGGGAGCACGAGGCGUUUGGAUAACCUGGGCCUGGGGCAUAUCAGGCUGAUUUCUACACAGGAUUUUCCCAGAAUCAGAAGCGGGAGCUUUGAGAUGGACCAAGACGGUGAAGUCAUCUGAAGCAUUGAACCGUGAAACAGCUGGAACUUCCGGGAUCAUGCUGAUCUUCGUCAUACUCAUUCUGCUUUCUCCACUAUCAGCAGCAGGAUUGGGAUCUGAUGUGCCAGCUAGUUUCUGAGAUGAGUCAAGUUGAUGACCCAAAGAUUCAUCGUCAUCAAAGAUGGUUGGCUCUGGAGCCUGAAGCAGUGGUGCAACAUUUCGGAAUGGGAUUGGGCGAGGAGGAGGUACAUGGCGGAGCACUGUCAUCAGCGCGUUAUUUUGAGGCCAGUCAACAGGAUUCACUCUAGCCCUUCCAGGGGGAGGAUCCAAACUAGGACACUGCAAGGGAAUUUCUUUCCACUUUGCUCUGCAUAUUGGACAAACUUGGUUUCCAUGUUUCACAUUCGACGCAAUACAUUGGAAAUGAAACGAA